AUGAAAAGGCACAGACCCGGCGAUUCGCGCCAAGACCUGGAGGUUCGGCGCUCCGUUGGUGCCAGAUCUUCCCAAACCACACGCCCCUAUGGCCGCAUUGUCAACAUCACCAGAAGGACCACUCCGUUGAUUGACCCCCAGCCAGGACCGCAGAAGAAGAAGACCACCAUCGUCAUGGCUCCUUCCAGAUCUUCGGCAUCAUGGCUCUCGUCUGCCCUGGCCGUGUUUGCCUUCUUCACCCUCGCUAUUCCCGCCAACGCUCUCUACUUCUACAUGGACGGCCAACAAACAAAAUGCUUCUUCGAGGAACUCCCUAAGGACACCCUGGUGGUUGGACACUACUCCACCGAAGUGAUCAACUCCCAGGCCAGCGGGUACUCGGUCGAUGCGAAUCUGAACAUGAAAAUCACCGUCGAUGAGAUCUUCGACAAUGACCACCGCGUCGUCUCCAAGCGCGAUGGCCACUCUGGACGCUUCACCUUCUCCGCCGCUGAUGCCGGUCAACACAAGAUCUGCCUUACUCCCGACACACACGCCGCUACCAGUGGUUGGCUCGGUGGUCCUCCUGCUGGUGUCAAGGUAAACUUGGACAUGGCCAUUGGAGAGACCAGCAAGAUCGAGACCGAGGACAAGGGCAAGAUGCAGGAUAUCGUACAGAAGGUCAAGGACCUUAACGGACGGUUGCAGGACAUUCGCCGAGAACAGGUCUUCCAGCGGGAACGCGAAGCCGAAUUCCGUGAUCAAUCCGAGGCCACCAACUCUCGUGUUGUCCGCUGGACAAUUAUGCAACUCGUUGUUCUGUCCGCCGCUUGCGCCUGGCAGCUGUCGCAUCUCCGUUCUUUCUUCAUCAAGCAGAAGCUGACAUAA